CACUGCUCAUUUCGCGUCCUCUGAUUGGGUAUCUGUCACAUUCAGCUCCGCCUUCUCUGGGUCCACGCCACUGAAAGAUGAGUAACCCGCAGCUACGAUUGCUAAAUCAUGGCUACAUUCAUGGAACGGUUAGCCUUCCUUCAAAAAGUCCCGACUCUGAUGAAGGCGACGGCAGAUGAUGAGAGCCCAUGUCCUGGAUACCUUUUUCAAGAAAUCGGAAAAAUCUCCCACGAGUCUCUGGCGAGUGAUCAGUGUUUGCUAGAGUACCUGCUCGAGAGGCUUCAAGUGGAGUCCUGUCAUGUCAAACUCAAGGUGCUGAAGAUUUUCGUCCAUCUGUGCGGCCAUGGCUCCAAAAAUUUCCUGACGGAACUUAGGAGAAAUUCCACCUUCAUUCAACAAGCAUCAGAUUACAGCGGCCCUCCUGAUCCCAUCCACGGUACGGCUUUGUAUCAGAAAGUGAGAAACACGGCCCAGGAAGUUGCGCGGCUGCUUUUCACUGAUACAAUUUACGUAAAAAGCGGUGCGCUGCCAUUUAACAUGGCGCCCUCAACAAUGGGGAUGGGAUCAGCAGCUUCCCACAGGGUGGGAAUGCAGGGCUUUGGCUACAAUCCAGGGAGGCAAGGGUCAGCGGGGAACGACUCAUUUCUGGAUAAGAUCCAGAAAGCUGCAGAAGUAAUAGCCAGCGCUGUCCUCCCCCCGACGGAACACCAAGGCAUCCGUCUCCAUGACAACCACUACCGGCCUGUAGCGGCGCCCUCUGUGCCCAUAGAAGUUGCUGUAUCAGCAUGUGCCUACAGUCUGCCUGCUCGCAGACUAAAAGGGGUGACCCAGCGGUGUCCAGGGCAGGUUGGAGGCGGCUGGGAGGAGACUGACAGCGGCAACACCUCCUCUUGCAACUCAUCUCAGGACAUCUCCACCAAUAGCAGGGCGUCCGCCGGCAGCAAGUCGGCGUGCACGGGGAGUCAAUCGGGGGCCAGUAGAGAAAGCGGCGGGGAUUUAUCGGAGCGGGUGGAAGCGUUGCAGUUGGGGGACUGCGUCCAGGAGAUGGCGCUCAUCAGCAAGUUGACUGAAGGCUCCAGAGUGUUUUUGACCAAUGAGGAGAGCCAGCACUUCAUCAAAGAGUGCUCCACUCUUAACUGUGAGGUUGUGGUGGAGUUGCUCGCCAGCAGGCUACAAGAUCCCUCUAACGCUGUUAACAUGAGGGCAUUGUGUGCCGUCGCCUGCCUCAUGACUGCCGACCUUCUGUCUUUGGAGCAAAUUUUCGGCGCGACGCAACGCAGGCUCCGUCAGCUCAGCGAGGGCCUUCCGGGACCUGUGACCAACAAAGCCACAAAGAUCCUGAGACAGUUCCAGGCCUUGAUGGGUGGAGUCCACCAUGCUGCCAAACAGGUUCCGGCCAGUAGAGGUCAUCAAGUCAACCACACAUCUAGCCAGCUUCUUACCGCAACAUUUUCGGAUUCUUCGGAGCGUGCGCUCUCUUGUAAUCAUGACGGUGUCUGUCAGCGACAAUUGCCCCUGGCUCCAAUCCGGACUCAGUUGACUUCAGCUACUCGAGAUGAGGAAUGCACUCAGGCUUGUGUCAGCAGACCGUCCCUGUUCAACGGUAUGAUGCUGGUCAACAGGGCCAGGCCUCCGUGCGAGGCGACCCGCCAAGACCCAAACUCACGACAGGACCAUUUCGAGGAGAACCAACCUUGCAAUCCAGUUUCGGUUGUGUUUGACGGCAGCCAGCAGUCAUCCGCCUUCUCGUUUCUCAACUCUUGACCUCGAGUGAGAUGCUGUGCACCUCUUAAAACUUAAUACAGAGAUGUCAUUUUGAAAAAAAAUAUCAAGUUUGUGGAACACAGGGGUGGGCAAAUAUGGCCUGUGGGGACAUUAUCAAG